AUGGAUGAAAUUCUCCAACAACUUGGCCUGACCCAUCUUCUUUCUAGGUUUCAAGAAAACCAGAUAUCACCGUCGGAGAUCAUAAAUCUCACUGAGAUUGAAUUUAUAGAUCUGGGGGUCACCCGUAUAGGAGACCGAGCGCGGAUUCGGGCAAAGUGUCGGGAUCUAGUGGCAGAAACGCCGCAGCAAGCCUGGGAGGACCGACUGCCAGGAAACUUACCGAUUUUAUGUGGGAUGGAAACUUCAUGUCCCAUCAAAGCGGUUUCGAAAUGUCACCAUAAACAAGGGAGGGGCACUCACAAGAUAGACUUUCAUAAACAGGACCGCCUCAGCGAUAUGAAAGAGAGAAUUACGAAACUGUUCUUUCCAAGUGGAAGAAAUGAAACCCAAAAUCUUAAUCUAUCGGAAUUAUCAGCUAAACUGUCCAAUUAUUCCGGAACCCCAGUGGAGCAAAUUAUGGACGGAGGGGAUUUCACUGCUGAGGACUAUUACAGGGCUAUGGGCACCCAUCCCGUCAGGAUAUAUCUUGUGACGUCGCCAGUUAACCAGGACUGUAGAGAAUGCACCCCAAGCAACGCCAGCGACGCCAGCAACGUCGACGCCAGCAACGCCAACCACAGCAGCUCCACGAACACUAACGAUGGCAACUCCACAACAAACUCCGCCAACUCGAACAACGCCAGCAACACUACCACGCCAUUCGUUUAUGAGCAGCAACAUAUCGGAAUCAUAUCCACUUGUAGAGAUGAGACUCAAGAAAGCAUUCUCAUUCGCCUCGGGUCUAAAAUCAACACAGAGGGACGGAAGAACAUCAUUAAUGUGUCGAGGGAUGACCUUCUAUCUGGAGCCAAGCGUGGAUUUCAAAGGGCAUCCUUUAAAGAAGAAAGUCAGCUCAGUGUUAGAUUUUCGGGCGAGAAUGGGAUUGACGAUGGGGGGCCGUCCAGGGAAAUCAUGAGACUUGCUCUUCGAGAGCUCCGGGACUCCUGUAUUUUCACAGGUCCACCUGACAGUCGGAACAUCCAGGUUGAUGUUGCAGUGUCACCUGAUGACAUUGAUGACCCGGAUUUAAAAGAAAAAGUGCAACGGAUCGCGGAUGCCACGGAUGAAGCAGGAUGUUUGGAGGCGUUGGUAUGUGUGCAGGACAUAGUGGAUUUCAUAGGUGCCCUGGCCUUGUCAAGAUAUGUAAAACAGAAGGAACUUGUGCAGGCGUUGACAACGCAUAUCGUUGUAAAGAGAAUACGGGACAUCAUUGAACAGUUCAAGGAUGGACUUCGCACCCCUGAUGUACUUAACCAGAUGGAAACGUACCCAAGAACAAUGAAAGGUUUCUUCACUGCAACAGACAGACCUGAAGUUGAUGCAGUGCAAGUGGACAGUCUGUUUACUAUCAUCUUCACUGCAACAGACAGACCUGGAGUUGAUGGAGUUGAUGCAGUGCAAGUGGAUUCAGUCUGUUUACUGUCAUCUUCACUGCAACAGACAGACCUGGAGUUGAUGCAGUGCAAGUGGACAGUCUGUUUACUGUCAUCUUCACUGAACCUGGCAGCAAUCAUUUCCAACAGGAAUUGA